CUGUCUUUGCCUAGAUGCAUUGCAUUUAUUUUCUUUAGAUAAUACAAUAUCUUUCUCAUUAUAAUCGCACAGUCAUCAUUAAAGCAGAAGCUCGAUCUUAAGGAGAAAAUUUUGGGAACAAACUCUCUUCCUUUCUUUUCUAAACAUGUCAACGUCCAAUGAUCAGGAAGAGCCACUCAUCUCCACCACAUCUUCGUCUUCCUCUUCCUCCUCCUCCUCCUUUUCCUCUUCCUUCUCCGCCUCCACCCCCACUCUCGCCAUCAUCCUCACCCGCCUUACGGCCACCAUCACCCUCGUCGUCCUCUCCCUUUGGGCCAACUACGAGGCCUCCAAGGGCGUCGGCAUCUCCGUGAUCUCCUCCGCGGCUCCCUCAUCCGCCGCCGCACGCCGCUUUGACCUCCUCUUCGUAUCCAACGGCCGCGCCCACCGCAUCCUCCACCGCGCCAGUCGCUUCGCCGAGAAAGCUCUUUACCCGGACGACCGAUUCCCUCGCAAGCCGGUCGACCGCAUCGCCAUGCAACUCGCCAGCGUCGACCUCACCUCGAUGGCCUCGGUGCGCCCUGGCGCCGCUUCCGGCGAAUACGUCGUGCUCCUCAGCCUGGCCGUCAUGUCGGCGGCCGAUGCCGACGCCGCCGUGUCCGCCGCGGUGCACCGCUCGGUCGCGAGGCUCUGGCUAUGGGACGAGGGCGGCGCGCCAGGGUCUCUGAUGGAGGCCAUGGCGGACUACCUCGCAGCGGAGGCCGGCUUCUUACCGAGCCCCAACAGCACGUGCGGUGAGUCUGGGAGGUGUUGGUGUUGGUCGGCGGAAUUCGUGCGCUACUGCGAGGAGCGGGAGCUUGGGUUCGUGGCGCGGCUCAACAGGGGAAUGAGGCAGGGGUGGACGGAGUUCACGGCGGACCACGCUCUGGGGUCUCCGGUGAAGCAGGCCUACGCCGAGUUCAGAUCGCCGGCGGGUGGAAAUCUGGAACAAUCUGGGAAUUCGACGUCGGAUCGGGGGGAGGAGAGGCAGAGGAGCCUUUGAGCUGUCCGGCGCGCCGGAGCGAGAAUAUUCCGCAGUUGUUGCCGAUGUAAGAUUUUUCAUUUAAAAUUUUAAAAGUUGAUAAUUUGUGUUUUUUAUUCUGCGUGUCCCUUUUGGAAAAUAAAUAUAAAAAUGUAAAUUAUUCUGGCUUACAAUUAGCUGUGGAGGUGUAAUUUUACGGAUAAUGCAGAGUUUCGGUGCAAUAUAAUAUGUGAGCGACAGACAGUGCA